AUUGAAUAAUAGACACUACAGCAUGCAGUUUGGUCACUCAUUCUCUAUUUUUUUAUUCUUACUUUGGACUAGUCUAAUAGUUUAUGUGACAGCCACUUCUUUAACAUAUAAUGUGGCUGCUAACGAACAAGCUUGCUUUUAUACAUGGGCAGAUACACCUGGAAAGAAAAUUGGAUUUUAUUUUGCAGUACAAUCUGGGGGCUCCUUUGAUAUCGAUUACAAAGUAACGGAUCCAACCCAAAAAGUUAUUUUAGAUGGUCAACGGGAACGUCAAGGGGAUUUUGUAUUUACAGCGCGUCAUGUUGGAGAAUAUUCAUUUUGUUUCUCUAACGACAUGUCCACAUUUGCCGAGAAGUUGAUUGAUUUUGAAAUUACUCUGGAACAAGAACUUCGUGAAGCAGCACAAACAACUCAAAGCUCGUCAUCCUUCUCUACUGCCUCUUCUGCUUUAGAAGAAACUCUUUUCAAGAUAUCUGAAUCUUUAGCUCAAAUAUCUCGUGUACAACGUCUUCUUCGUACAAGGGAAAACCGUAAUGCUCAUACUGUCAGUUCUACGGAAAAGCGUAUCCUUUGGUUUGCUCUUUUGGAAUCUCUAGCAAUCGUUCUCAUGGCCUCUGUUCAAGUCUUUGCCGUCAAAAGCUUCUUUACCAAAGUAAGGCGUGGUGGUGUCUAGGUUUUUAUUUUCAUCAUUAGUUUAGUUAUCAUAUCCAUUCCUUAUUAUUAUCAUUUAUUUAUUACUUUUUUUUUUAUAUAUACUCAAUAUGUAACGUAUUUCUUUUGGAUGCAAAUAAAGAAUUUGAAAUAUAAUCUGACAUUUUUGAAUUUUGAGGAUCAUUAUAAUAAUAAUAAAAACAAAAUCUGGUUUAUUUCAUAAAAAAAAAAAAAA